UGAAUCCAGUCUCCCUCACUCUCUUCUAUUUCCAGUCUCGUCUUAAAACCCUGGAGGCAUGCGACAAAGUAGUGAAGAAGGAAUAUCCAAAACCCGAAGCAGCUGAAGCUUGAAAAAUGGAAUCUCUCCCUUUCACUCAAUUCCUUUCAUUACCCAGGUGGCAUUUUAGUCCGCUGAAAAGCCCGGACCUGGUGCGCUUCCAGGACUUGAGUAGAUUGAAAAGUAAGUGGGUGAUUGCUGCUAUGUCUAGAAAGAAAGUUGUACAGGAUUUGGCUCAGGAGGGUGCUAGUGAUAAUGAGGCUGUUGUGAAGAAAACAACUAGAACUGCUAAAAGAACUGCUACAAGGGUAAGGAAGAAGAAGGCAUCAAAGGAUAUUCCGGCAGAGAAUUCUGAAUUGGAGGUAACUAAUUAUGCUAUGGAUGAGGAAAGUACUGUCUCCACUUCAACGGAAGAUUCCAAGAAAACUCCAAGAAGACGCAGGAAAGCUGCAUCUGCUUCAGCUGCAGUGGAGGAAGAGAAAACAGAGAACACGGUGAGGACGAGAAGGAAGACUAGGAAAAAGGAUCAGGUUGUGGAAGAUCAAGCUAGUGAAUUAGAAAUAAGUGAUCAAGAGGAGUCUUCAUUUAUCAAAAAUGUGGAGGAUGAUGAUGAGGACGACCUAGAAUUGGAAAUGCAUGAGGUAGAAGAUAUUAGCUUCACCUAUGGCUGGCCUCCUCUUGUUUGUUGCUUUGGUGCUGCACAACAUGCUUUUGUGCCCUCUGGAAGGCCAGCCAACAGACUUAUAGACUAUGAAAUCCAUGAAAGAAUGAAGGAUGCAUUAUGGUCACCCGAUAGCUUCGUUAGGGCCCCUGGGGGAUCUGCAAGUACUGUUGCUAUUGCUCUUGCAAGUUUGGGUGGUAAAGUGGCAUUCUUGGGAAAACUCGGAGAUGACGACUAUGGUCGGGCCAUGCUAUAUUAUAUGAAUGUGAACAAUGUUCAAACACGAUCAGUUUGCAUUGAUAGUAGAAGGACAACAGCCAUAUCACACAUGAAGCUUGCAAAGAGAGGUCGCCUGAGAGCCACUUGUAUCAAAACUUGUGUUGAGGAUUCUCUCUCAAAGUCUGAUAUAAAUGUUGAUGUGCUGAAAGAGGCAAAGAUGUUCUACUUCAGCACACACUCCCUUCUUGAUCAAAACAUGAGAUCAACUACGCUGCGAGCCAUCAGAAUUUCAAAAGAAUUGGGAGGGGUUAUUUUCUAUGAUGUGAACCUUCCAUUGCCACUAUGGCAGUCUAGCGAAGAAACCAAGAUGUUCAUACAAAAAGUGUGGAAUCUGGCAAACAUUAUCGAGGUUACUAAACAAGAACUUGAGUUCCUGUGUGGAAUUGAGCCUGUGGAGGAAUUUGACACGAAAACAAAUGCUAGAUCUAAGUUUGUCCACUACGAACCCGAGGUUGUUGCUCCACUUUGGCAUGAAAAUCUUAAGGUUUUGAUUGUAACAAAUGGGACUUCAAAGAUACACUACUACACUGAGGAACAUAAUGGUGCAGUGCAUGGUAUGGAGGAUGCCCCUAUCACUCCUUUCACUGCUGAUAUGUCAGCCUCUGGAGACGGCAUUGUUGCAGGUCUUAUGAGAAUGUUGGCACUUCAGUUACAUCGCAUUACUGAUAAAGAAUACUUGGAACGAACGAUCAAGUAUGCUAUUAACUGUGGGGUCAUCGAUCAAUGGCUGCUUGGACGGGAACGAGGCUUCCCUCCUAGGGAAGACGCGGAAGAAGAAGUCGAACCUGAUCCAAAUGGCAUAAGGUCAAUAACAGAAAAGGAAUACCGCACAGUAGGUGCAGUGAACCCCGUGAGUUGAUUCAGAUGGUUGCCCGUCUCUGCCUAACAUGCCUUAAAUUGGCUGGUAUUUUUUUUUAUAACCUGUAAAGUUACUUGAGUGUUAAUCUGUAUCAGCAAUUUUGUUGUAGUGUUGAUUCCAUAACAAAAAUUCGAGUGGAAACUUCUCUCAUCAGUUAGUAGAUUUAGAGAUAUCCAGAAAGAAUUUUGAUAGGCUUCCAAAUUCCAUUGGUUACUUGAAUC